GACACAUGCAUCCCUCCAUCUUCCCCUGAACAAAUUUUUUUUUUUCCUUGUAAACGAUCCCUCGAUCGAUCGAGGAGGAGUCGAACUUCAAAUCACUCUGUUAUCGUUGUUAUCUUUUAAAGGUAUCGGAACAGAGCAGCAAUGGCGGAGGAUCUGGUGCUAGACACGGCAAUCAGGGACUGGGUACUGAUUCCGUUGUCGGUGGUGAUGGUACUCAUCGGAGUCCUCCGGCACUUCGUCUCCAAGCUCAUGCGUUCUUCUCAGCCCCCCGAUGCGAAGAUCGUCAAGGAAGGGCAGGUUGUAGUUAGGGCGAGGAAUUUGAGGUCUGGUGCUAAUUUAAUUCCUCCGAAGUCGUUCCGCGCUCGCAGGUUGUACUUCAGCAACGAGGAAAAUGGUUUGUUAUUUGUUCCAAAGAACCAGGCUCAAAAUGCCCAAGCACAAAUGUUCUCUGAUCCUAACAUGGCUAUGGAUAUGAUGAAGAAAAACCUUUCAAUGAUUAUACCUCAGACUCUUACUUUUGCAUGGGUCAACUUUUUCUUCUCUGGAUUUGUUGCAGCCAAAAUACCAUUUCCAUUGACUCAAAGGUUCAGGUCAAUGUUGCAGAAUGGAAUUGACUUGAGCACAGUUGAUGUUAGCUAUGUUAGCAGUCGCUCUUGGUAUUUCCUGAACUUGUUUGGAUUACGGGGAUUAUUUAGUCUUAUUUUGGGAGAAGAAAACGCUACUGAUGAUACACAACGUAUGAUGCAAAUGAGUGGGUUUGGCUUCGAUCCUUCAAAGAACUUGGGUGCUGAGAAGGACAGUCUCGACAUAGUUCAGCAUGAGUGGGCCCUGCCAAAGUUUGAGCAACGUGCUGAAGCAGUGUUAAGAAAACUUGUCAGCUGAACAGGAGAGCUGUUGAAUCUGGUACUCGUGCAUCCAUCCAUCUUUGGUGGAACCUUAGAAUUUCAAGGUGGUAAAAAACUGAAUCAAAGUGGCUAGAAAAAUCUCGAGUGUAGUUUUCUUUUUCCAGUAACUCGUAGCGUAUCGCACUUGUUGAGGAGUCUUUUUGACACUGCCGUGUCCAAAUAACUUUCAGGAAAUUGCUCCUCUUUUAUUGUUGUAGGUUUCUAACUUUUGAAAUUUCAGGAUGAAACCAAAUCAUCUAAAAACUUGUUGAUGUGAUUCAGAAUUAUGAUAUUACUAGCGAUGUGGAAAUGAUUAUUCU